UUAACACUGGGGAACUGAACUAUUUUGAAAACCGAUAUUUCUGUGCUCUGGUGAUGAAAAUUCAAGAAAAUGAGGUAUUAUUCAGAUUAAAUGCAAAUUCCACAAUGUUGUAAAUGUGCCUGUUAAGGGAGCAACACAGAAUAAAUGCCUUUAGGACCACAAAAAACUCUCUGAGGUGCGGUGUGUUCUCCCGGAAUCUGGGGGACAUACUACCAUUGGUUUCACAAUUUGGCGGCCGAAAUGUUAAUAAGCCUUCGUUCUUUGUUUGAGAUUAGAUAUCUGAGAUCACUUCUCUGGAUGUUGACUGCCUGCAUUCUGUCGACUGUUGUCAUUCUCAUUUUAUUCAACCCAUCAGACCUUAUAUCUGUGGUUAUCAGAGAAGAAGAGGCAGUUGCAGAGGUUCGAUUAGUGAAUGGAGAGACCCGCUGCCAAGGACGCGUGGAAGUUCUAUAUAAUGGAACUUGGGGAACAGUAUGUGAUGAUGAUUGGGACAUUGUUGAUGCCAAUGUGGUUUGCCGACAGUUGGGCUGUGGCAAUGCUUUUGCGGUACCUUUUCGACUCUCUUUUGGCCAAGGAACUGGACCAAUUUUUUUAGACAAUGUUGACUGCAAAGGGAAAGAAAUUGCGCUGAGCCAAUGCAGGAGUCUUGGAUGGGGAAUACACAACUGUUACCACUACGAGGAUGUUGCUGUCACCUGCAAUGAGUUUUUACCAACAACUGCUGCUAAGGUGCAGUCCACAAAAGCUGCCUCAACGUCCUUACAAAAUGGCCUAAGAGAUGGUAGCAUCAGAUUGGUAAAUGGAGCAGACUCCUGCCAAGGAAGAGUAGAAAUCUUCUACAAGGGAAAUUGGGGCACAGUAUGUGAUGAUGAUUGGGGAAUGAGCGAUGCCAGUGUUGUGUGCAGACAGAUCCACUGUGGUCAAGUUUUAGAUUACAAGAGCAAUGCUUACUUUGGUUAUGGUACUGGAUUGAUACUACUGGAUAAUGUGAAUUGUGAUGGUUCUGAACCUUACCUUUCUGCAUGCUACAGCCUUGGUUGGGGGAUCCACAACUGCGGGCACCAUGAAGAUGCUGGAAUUAUAUGUACUGGUCUGGGGAUCUCAACCACAACACCGAACACCAUUCCAGUGUCUCGUGAUAUAGUGGAUUCUCUUACUGACACAGCAACAGUUACAUGGGGUGGAGGUCAACCUUCUGCUGAAACUGAUCUGCUUACAACUGCAGUUCUACAGCCAUGGAAAAAAAGUGGCAGCAUUAGGCUGGUAAAUGGGAACAGUAGCUGCCAAGGCAGAGUGGAAGUGUUGUACCAAAACAGCUGGGGAACUGUGUGUGACGAUGACUGGGAUUACAACAAUGCUCAGGUGGUGUGCAGGCAGAUGGGCUGUGGACCAGCCAUUAUUGCUACAACCUUGAGUUAUUUUGGCUAUGGCAGUGGCCCCAUCCUACUUGACAAUGUUGAUUGUGAUGGUACAGAGAAAGAUCUUACAGCCUGCUUCCAUCUAGGCUGGGGCCAGCAUAACUGUGGACAUCAUGAGGAUUCUGGAGUUAUAUGUCAAGGUUUGAAAGAGUCAGAAUGGCUUUCCAAAGGAAGUGGCUUUGAAGUAACAACAGAAUCUGUAACACCUCCAAAAGAUGGGUCGAUUCGCUUGGUAAAUGGUAGCCAUCGUUGUGAAGGACGUUUGGAAAUAUUUUUCCUGUUGCAGUGGGGAACAGUAUGUGAUGAUGCAUGGGACAUAAAGGCUGCAAAUGUAGCAUGCCGAUCUUUAGGCUGUGGUGCUGCCGUCAAAGCUCGAGGAGAAGCAGGGUAUGGACAAGGUAUAGGCUACAUUUUUCUUGACAAUGUGAAAUGUCGGGGCAAUGAAAGCUCGAUCUUGCAGUGUUCCUAUAUACGAUGGAAUGUUCAUAACUGUGACCACUCUGAAGAUGCUGGAGUGACAUGUGGACUUUUGUGAGUGGUUCUGUCAAUGAAAAACCUUAAUAUAUAUGUAAAUGUAUACAUUUUGUAUAUAAUU